AUGUCCCCCAUCGCCGUCUCCGGAACGCCCUCCGAGACCCCCACCCCAGCCAACGAAGCCAUCCCAGCCCCCGUCGCAAACCCGCUCUUCUCCCUCUCAACCCGCACAGUCGCCAUCACCGGUGGCGGGCGCGGCCUAGGCAUCGUCCUAACCAGCGCCGUCCUCGAAGCCGGCGCCGACGUCGCCUGCCUCGACCUGCUCCCGGCCCCCAGCGCCGAAGAAUGGGUCGGUGUCCAGAAACUGGCGGCCUCGCGCGGCCUGCAGGCAUCAUACAUCCAGUGCGACAUCACGGACGAGGCGGCCACGCAGACGGCGCUUGAGAAGAUUGCCGCGGUGGCAUUGGAGCGCGGGAUGCCGCUUAGGGGUGCGAUUACUUGUGCGGGGAUCCAGCAGAUGGUUCCGGCGUUGGAGUACCCGGUUGAUUUGUGGAGGAAGAUGUUGGAUGUUAACGUCGUUGGGACGUUCAUCCCUGCUAAGCACUGCGCGCGAAUCUUCAAGGAGCAGGGGACUGGGGGGAGCAUUGUGAUGAUUGCGUCAAUGUCUGGACAGAUUGCCAACCGGGGCUUAACAUGCACCGCAUACAACUCAUCCAAGGCCGCCGUGCACCAGAUGUGCCGCUCUGUGGCCCAGGAAUGGGGCCAGUAUGGUAUCCGUGUCAACACAUUGUCUGCUGGGUACAUCCGCACGGCCAUGACGGAUGCUCUCCUAGUAACCAAACCGGAGGUCGAAGAGACCUGGAUGCGCGGCGCCCUGCUCAACAGACUCGGCGUCCCUGAUGACUUCAAGGCGCCGACGGUAUACAUGCUCGCUGAUGGAAGCGGGUUCAUGACCGGUGCUGACUUGCGGGUUGACGGUGGACACUGUGCUUCAGCAUGA